AUGUCAACAUCCGCAGCUCCAGGUAAGCUAGCCACGACUUUGGGCGCGAACGUGUCGUCACUUGCGUCGAAAGUGCGCUCCACCAGCUCGACGCAGCAAUCACUCAUGCAGUCGGUCAAGCGAAUCAUACCACCACUUUCGAGCGCUAAGCACAAAGGACAGGCUGGACGGAUUGGUAUCGUGGGGGGCUCGCGCGACUACACUGGAGCGCCGUUCUUUGCAUCCAUGUCAUCCAUGCGUUUCGGAUGCGACAUGUCGUACACCAUCUGCACACCUGAAGCAGGCAACGUCAUCAAGACAUACUCUCCGGACCUCAUUGUCAACCGCCUACUGGAUGCUUCCGUAGAGUGGUCCCAAGUGGAAAGGUCGGUGGAUGAACUUUUUGCACGCUUCCAUGCAGUCGUUAUCGGACCCGGUCUAGGUCGAGACGAGUUUAUGCAAAAGUGUGCAAAGCUGUGUAUCGGUUUGGCAAGGAAGCACGACAUGUACCUUGUCGUUGACGCAGAUGGACUGUGGCUACUGCAAAACGAACCGGAUCUUAUCAAGGGAUAUAAAAAAGCGAUUCUCACACCCAACGUGGCCGAAUUUGGCCGAUUGUGCGAUACGCUCGGAAUUGAUUGCAAGCAAGAACCGGACUCGGCAGCCAAGAAGCUAGCGCAGGCACUCGAAGGACCAACGGUGCUGGAAAAGGGCCCAGUGGACCGUAUCACCAACGGCAAAGAGGUGCUGUACGUCGAUUUGCAAGGUGGACUCAAGCGGUGCGGUGGUCAAGGAGAUGUUUUGGCCGGUUGUCUCGGAACUUUGGCUGGAUGGGCAAAGAUUUAUCAGGACGAGAAUCCAACUCUUCCUGCUAGGUCUACUACGACCGACGGUGAUCUGAUCGCAGAAGAUCGACUGCUGUUGCUGGCAGGAUAUGCGGCAAGUGUGACAGCGAGGACAUGUAGCAGACUGGCGUUUGCAAAGUCCAAGAGGGCAAUGCUGGCGGAUGAUCUGCUGCCUGAAGUAGGGCGCGCAUAUGAGGAGCUGUGGGGAGAUGUACAGGCUUUGCUUUGA